AUGUCACAAAGAAUUGUUGAUAUAAUAUCUAAAAUUGCAUUGCCAGCUGGUAUUGCAUUUGCAUUAGGUCAGUCAUCAUUAUAUGAUGUUCCAGGAGGUAAAAGAGCUAUAAUUUUUGAUAGAUUAAAAGGGGUUGAACAAAGAGUUAUUGGUGAAGGUACUCAUUUUUUAAUUCCUUGGUUACAAAAAGCAGUUGUAUUUGAUGUUAGAAUUAAACCAAAAGUUAUUGCUACAACUACAGGAUCAAAAGAUUUACAAAAUGUUUCAUUAACAUUAAGAGUUUUAACAAGACCUGAAGUUUCAAAAUUACCUAUAAUUUAUCAAACUUUAGGUUUAGAUUAUGAUGAAAGAGUUUUACCUGCAAUUGGUAAUGAAAUUUUGAAAUCUAUAGUUGCACAAUUUGAUGCAGCUGAAUUAAUAACUCAAAGAGAAGUUGUAAGUGCUAGAAUUAGACAAGAAUUGAGUAAAAGAGCAAAAGAAUUUAAUAUUGAAUUAGAAGAUGUUAGUAUUACUCAUAUGACAUUUGGUAAAGAAUUUACAAAAGCAGUUGAACAAAAACAAAUUGCACAACAAGAUGCCGAAAGAUCAAAAUAUUUAGUUGAAAAAGCUCAACAAGAAAAGAAAGCAUCAAUUAUAAGAGCUGAAGGUGAAGCUGAAAGUGCUGAUGUUGUUAGUAAAGCAUUAGCUAAAGCAGGUGAUGGUUUAUUAAUGAUUAGAAGAUUAGAAGCAAGUAAAGAUAUUGCACAAACUUUAGCUCAUUCACCAAAUAUAACUUAUUUACCAAAUGGUGGUAAUGAUGGUGGUGAUUCAAAUGUAAGUGGUGCUAAAAAUUCAUUAUUAUUAAAUUUGGGUCGUUAA